AUGGGUUCACGGAGACAAGGCGUACGGGAAGGAAUUCCUAAUGUUAACUAUGAGAGGGAACAGGAAACGUUUAUGGCUACCAUGAACGACGUGGCUGAAGUAGUGCGUAAAGCUGCUGUAGGAGCGGCUAGGCCUGUUGAACGUCUCAGAGUGAGAAAUGAGGACGAGAAUGGAUACGGAGAAGAUAAUGGAAACGAUGAGAACAACUUAGGGCAUCCUGCAAGACCUAUGACCCUUGCGACCUUUCUGAAGGUUAAUCCGCCUAAGUUCAAGGGUACACUCGUUGCGACUGACACUGAUAACUGGUUUCGAGGUAUUGAACGAUCACUGAGGGCGCAGCAUGUUCCGGAAGGACAACACGUGGAGUUUGCUAUUUAUAUGCUCGAGGGAGAAGCUGAUUAUUGGUGGCAGGGGAUGCAGCGACUGCUACAACAUAAUGAAAAUAACAUUCCUUGGGAUAUCUUUAGGGAUAAAUUUUAUAAAAAGUAUUUUCCGGGAGCAACACGAGAUGCUAAGGAGAUGGAGCUUAUGCAGCUGAGGCAAGGGGAUAUAACUGUUGCUGAGUAUGCUCGUAAUUUCGAUAAUUUGUGUUGUUUCUCUAAGAUCUGUCAAGGGGAUCCUGCUGACCUUGAAGAAUGGAAGUGCUUGAAGUUUGAAGGAGGCCUUUGUGUUGAUCUGAUGAGUUCAAUAGUUUCGCUGGAGAUACGUAAUUUUGCCGAAUUAGUCAACAAGAGCAAGUUAGUGGAAGAAUGUAUUAAGAAAGUGACUGUGGCUAAAGUGAGUCGCCAAGGAUUUCCACCAAGGCGUCUUAGCAAUCAUCAGACAGCCGGGAGAAGGGUGCAUUUUAAAGCACGUGGCAUACGACAGCGUAAGAACUUACAAGUUGGUAACAUUACUGAUCGCCGUAUGGGUAAGAAUGGAGGUAAAGUAAGGCAAGGUAAUGGUAAACGAGCCCAUCAGGCUUACAUAAACACUGCAUAUAAGGAAUGCGGAAAAGAGCAUGAUAACAGGUCCUGCCAGUUUGGAUCACCUAACUGCUAUGCUUGUAGAGAACCUGGACAUAUUGUCAUGGAUUGUCCAAAGGGAUUUACUCGAAAUCCAUUUAGCACUCAACAACAAGGACGAGUGUUUGCUAUCACUAUUGACAAUGUUGUGCAAUCGAACACCCUCAUUCAAGGUCAGGCUAUGUCAAGAAUCGAUUUCUAA